AUGAUGAAAUAUGCGGACGAUACUAAUAUUUCAGAAUACAUCACCGAUCAGGCAGAAAACAGUUCUCUGCAAGAAGUAACUAACUCUAUUGUUGACUGGUCUGAAAGAAAUAUAUUCCAGCUUAAUCCAUCAAAAUGUAAAGAAUUUGUUGUGUCUUUUAAACGGAAUGAACCAAAUAUCCCCCCAAUCAGUAUUAAUCAAUCACAAAUCGAACGAGCUGACAAAAUAUCGAUUCUUGGUUUAACAAUCACAAAGGACUUGAAAUGGAACGAUCACGUGGAAAAAAUAGUCAAUAAGGCAUCUCAGCGAAUUUACCUGUUGAAACAGCUCAGAAGGUUUGGACUUGAUGCUGGUAAUCUCAAGUGCUUCUAUGUCGCUUCAAUAAGGUCAAUACUGGAAUAUUCAUGCCAAGUUUUUCAUUAUGGCUUGCCACAAUACCUAUCUGAUGUUAUUGAAAGGAUUCAAAAGAGAGCACUGCGCAUAAUUUAUCCUCAACUGUCCUACCAGGAUGCUCUAUGUUAG